CCUUCCUUUUACGUAACUUGGCCGACAAAGCAGAGACCACCAAGACGCGCUCUAAAGAUGGACUGCGAGAGCCGAAGAGCCUCCCUGCGCCAAAGGAGGCCGUUUCACGCCUGAAUCCGCUGCCAGAGGGCCUCUGGAGCUGCCGGCCCGCCGCCAUUCCCGCCUCCACGUCGGCCGCGCCCGUGGUCGGGGAAGCCUGCGGCGAUGGAGAGCGCUGGCGGGGGGCCGGGCCUGGUGCCAGCGAAGAGCCGAAACCCCGGGCCAAGCUGCCAUAGCAACUUCCCCACCCGGGCAGGGGAGAGCGGGCAGUGGGCUGCGGGCCCGGCCGUCCCGCGUCCCACCGGCCUCUCGCGAUGUUGCUAAGGGCCCUGUGAGACUCAGCAGCGGGCGCCGCCGGUUGCUAAGGGCCGCCGCCCGGGGAGACGCGCGGCCGCCGCUACGGGGAGGGCAGCCGCCGCCUCAAGAUGUCUCACUUCACAAGUGAAGAUGAAGCUCUGCUACAGUCUAUGCUUAGACGGUUGCUGCAGAGUGUGAAGGAAAAAAUCACUGGAGCCCCAUCAGUAGAAUGUGCGGAAGAGAUUCUUUUGCAUUUGGAGGAAACAGAUGAAAAUUUUCACAACUAUGAGUUUGUGAAAUACCUUAGACAAUAUAUAAAUAAUACUGUGGGAUCUGUGAUUGAAGAAGAAACAGAAAAAUGUACUUCUGCUCAAAAUCAGGGUGAAGUAUCCGGCUAUGACACGCUUGUCCAACGUGUUACUAAGAAGACCCGUGAAUCAAAAGAGUACAGGGAAAUGAUGCAUGCCUUGAAGAAUGUCAUGAUGGUUGUGGUAGAAUCUUUGAUUAACAAGUUUGAAGAAGAUCGGAUGCGUAAUAAGGAGCUGGAUAGUAAAACAAAGAAAGAACAUCAGAGUGGCUAUGAUACAGACAACUGUUCUGACAGUGACUCCUCAUUCAACCAAAGUUAUACGUUCAUGAGUCAAGAACAGUUGCAGCUGCUUGUAGAAAGACUUGACCCUAUUCAGCCUAAGGAAGUUCGCCAAGAAGCAUUGCAGACACUCUGCUUUGCCCCUCCCUCUGAUAUACUGAACUCUGAGAGUUGGCCAAAUCUGCGUAAGCAUCUAACGAUGUCUCUGUCAGAUCCUGAUGCAGCAUUCAGUGAGAAAAUUCUUAGGUUCUAUGCAAAAACCUUUUCUUCUUCUCCAUUUAAUAUGACAAGAGAAGUCUAUACAAGUUUAGCCAGACACUUGGAGUUGUACUUUCUUUCUGGAGAAUAUUGUCUUCGUAUUUCAGCUGGUCUGGAUAUAUCUAACACAGACGUAAAUCGUUUACUUAAAAAGGUCCGCCUUUUAAAUGAGUACCAAAAGGAAGCUCCCUCUUCCUGGAUUCGUCAUCCAGAAAAGUACAUGGAAGAAGUAGUAGAGAGUACCUUAUCGCUUUUGUCAGUAAAACACGAGCCUAAUCAUCCCGCUUCUCCAGAUUUUUUGAGUCCAGUCUACUUCUUGGCUCUGCUAGAUAUCAAAGCAGUAUGGUUUAAAAAGUGGACGCAUGCGUAUUACAGCAGAACAGUGGUAUUUAGGCUUUUGGAAAAGAAAUAUAAAUCUUUGAUUGAUGCAGCUGUCCAGCAAUGUCUUGAUUAUUUUGAAUUUUGCAAGGCAGCUGUUAAUAAAAAUUCCAGAGUCAAUGACUUCUCCCAGCAGCACCGUAGUGAUAAGCAGAACUUUUCUUACACUGGACCAGAAUUGCAGUACAUCUAUUUUGUUCAUUCGCUGUGCCUUUUAGGAAGAUUGUUGAUCUAUAAGCAAGGCCGAAAUCUCUUUCCAGUACAGCUGAAAAAUAAGAAAGAUAGUGUCUCCAUAACCGAUCUGUUGGUAUUAUUUACUCAGCUUAUUUAUUACUCUCCAAGUUACCCAAAGACAGCUUUGGCAGCGCAGACAGACAGUUAUUCUCCAGCAAGUCUUGUUAUGGAGAUUCUGCAAGUUUUUUGUGAUCAAACAGGAUGUACUGCUGAAUGUUUAUAUACGGAUGCAGUGAUAGAUGCCCUACUUCACCCUGUUCAAAGUUUACUGAGUGGCACAGAGGUGUGUAUAAAUUAUCUUGAAACCACUUUAAUUGAUGUAGCUGAUAUUUUGGCAAGGAUUGCUGCUGUAGAAGAUGGUCUUUCUUUUCUUCUUUAUGGAGAAAAUGAAAAAAAAGCCAAAGAAGAUAGUCCUACAGCUGUUCAUGUAAUUGUUCAGUUUACAAAGAAACUUCUUCAUGACGACAUUUCUCUUUUAUCUGGAUCUGAGAUUUUGCCAGUAGUUAAAGGAGCUUUCAUUUUUGUAUGUCGUCAGAUGUACAGAACUUGUGAAGGCCUGCAGAUGCUAAUUCCUUAUGGCUUGCAUGAAUGUAUCGGAGAGGCCUGGAAAAAGACGAGUUUGCUUUCCGAAAGAGUACCCACUCCUGUAAUCGAUGCGGACUUGACUUCGUCAGUAAGUCUAGAGUCAAAAAACACUUUGUUAUGGGAAGAGACUUUGUUAGAUGCCUUGCUAAAUUUUUCUGCUACACCCAAAGGACUAUUUCUGCUUCACAGCACAGGUGCCAUGAAUGACUGUGUGAACUUUAUGUUCAGCAGUUUAUCAAAAAAACUCCAGACAAAUGAGUAUGAAGAGUUUGGUAAUAGAGUGAUUGUUACACAAAUGGCAACAACACCAACAGGUGCAGUAGCUCUACAGCGUUCAGGCUUUAUAAAGACACUUGUAACUGAAUUAUGGGCACUUUUGGAAUGUGGAAAAGAUGAUUUAAGGAUAACCCAACCCAAAUCUACUCCAGUUGACCCUAUUGACCAAAGCUGUCAGAAGUCUUUUCUGUCUCUGAUAAACUUGCUCACUUACCCUGCAGUUUUUGAGUUCCUGAGUAAACAAGAUAUACCAAAUAAGCCAAUGUAUUCAUUCCGCGAAGUACCUACAGAUAUUAUUGAUAUCAUUGACAGGCUUAUAAUUUUGAAUUCAGAAGCUAAAAUUCAUUCCUUAUUCAGUUAUGAACAAUCACAUAUCUUUGGUCUGAGGUUGUUAAAUGUGCUAUGCUGUGAGCUCAAUACCCUUUUACUCUUGGAGACUCAGUAUAAGGUGUCACAAGUUUUACUAACUGCUCAGGAGGAAAAUGUCACAGAAACUUCGGAAGGACCAGGGGAUUUUAUAAUUGAUGGUCUAUCAGUGGAGAGAAACCAUAUUCUUGUAAGAAUAAGUCUGAUUGGAGGACCACAGGAAAGGAUUUUGCCUUUGAGAGUGCUAGAUAAGGGCAGUGAUCCAUAUCCUUGGCCAAUGUUUUCAUCGUUCCCUUUGCCAAAGUGCUAUCUUGCAGAAAUUCCUAGGAGAGCUGAAUUCAGACAAGAUGAAGAUCUUGACAAGCUCUUGUCACUCUUAAAAAGUCCAGAGAAGCAAACUGGGUGGACAGAUAUUUGUAGAAAACAAUUCUGCAAAGUCAUGAAAGCCAGACCAGAUGUCAUCAGUGGAACAAUUUUGGCAGAAUUAAUUGAAACGUUCGUGUCGCAUCUUUCUGAAAGCCGAUCGGAUUGUUAUUUCAGCAUGGGAAACUAUAAAGGAAGACCUGGAAAACAGAGAAGACAGCCCAUCUUUUCCUGUUGACACAAGAUGAAAACCUUCAAAUCCCUGUCACUAGGUUUGUGCAGCAAUAAAUAAGUGACUUGUAAGCAGAAGUCAGUCCCCACCUCUCCUCAGGAUUACCUGAUUUGCAUCUGGAACUAUCCAGGAUGCACAGGAUUGCUUCUCUUUAAAGACGAAGACAAGAUAAGCAAUAGGAGUGAAGCAGGCUUCACCUAGGAAUCCCACAUUUAGGCUAACGAACCAUGUGGGCCAAGUUGCUCAAUGAGCCCUCUUUGCCCUAUGUUGCCCUGCUGCCUACACUCAUUGCUCCCCCACCCCAAGCAACAGGGGUCCUAAUUAUCUCUCUUUUUGGCUCCCUGUGGAACACUGAGUUUGAUUUAGAGGUAGAAAUGUUGGAAAUGAGAGGAAGAUUACCAAAUGAUAAAAAGAAAUAAUUUAUUGUAGAGAAAGAUAACACUGCAUGCGAAAAAUUGUAGAAUAUUCUUUUUGUUGUUGUUGUUUAAAGUUGUUACUGACCAUUAAUAGUUUGCAAUCUUUGGUGUUUCAAAGGAAGUAUUUUCUCUUUUGAAUGAACAAAGUUGUAUUAAAUAGUGGAUUUAAAAAAAAGAUUUGAGAGCAGGCAUACCGAUAUUUCUUAUGAUUAGCUUAUCUGAAGUAUGUAUGAUAGGUUGCUAAUAUAAAGAGGAGUUGCAUGGCUAAAAAAAUAAUAAUAUCAUUUACCCUUAAACCAGUCCAUAUUUAUUGCUCUGAGGUUUUUAUGCAUUUUACAAUGAGGGAGAAAGUCAACUUUCUAUAAUAAUAUUUUUUUAAAUUGUAAAUUGGCUCCUAGAGAAUUCUGCUAUCCUUCAAGUCACUGAUUUCAUUGUGGCUUAAUUUCUAUUUCACAGUUUUAAUUUCUAUUUUAAAGAAAGAAGUGUAAUAUACCUGUUCAACAUAGAAUUUUUGUUUUAUUAGAUAAAUAAAAAGGAAAUUGCCAAAGCACAUUGUUCAUUCCAUUUAAUAAUAGCCACAGUGCUGUAUUAUGUUGUUAUCUAAUUCAUGUUCAGAGAGGUGUUCUGUCCUUUGUUUGAGGAUAAACAGCAUUCUUAUUUGGAAAAUUGAUCUGUCAAUGCAUUUUGGUUUGAAACACAGUGGGUUUCUAGACAGUUAGUUAUAUUAGGUGUAUUGAUAAAUAUCUGUCAAAUGACUUUUGUAGAAAAUUAAAUUUAGUGUAUUAAAUCAGAAGUAUCAUGAGCAUCAUUACAAUAGUACAGUCGCAACAUAUUCCUGCAAGCUUACUAGUCAACUUUUUAUCCAUGAAUUGCAAUAUGCAGUAUUUCAAUAUUCCACUUACUGUUAGUAACAAUUUUCUAAGCUCAAUGGAGCAUAUAAGGUUUCUAGGUCCACUUUUUAAUCAGUGGGAAGUGGUCCUUUGUGUAUUCUAAAUGACUUUAUAGUUUUCUAAAGCCUAGUCUUCCCAGUCUAUUAACUGGUAAACAAAAUGGAAAAUCAAAACUCUUGACCCAGGACAAAGAACCACAGUUUGUGUGUUCCCAUUGUGAGUUGUGCAUUGGCAGCAACUUGACUGCCUAGUUUACGGAGCUAUGAUUAUAUAAAAUACACCAGUGUAUGAAAGCAAGAGGUUUUGCCUUGAUGAGGUACUGUGUGAUGUGAAAUUAUUAUUCAAUCCAAAGUCUAUGUUAAUUUUAUCUUCUUUCACAGUACAGGGGGAAAUAUCAAAAGGAAAACUGAUAAGGAGAAAACCUUUUUCAGCAACUAAGAAAUUAUUACAACAGAGAAGAAAAGGCAAUGAGAAUCAAUGAAAUCAGUUGUGUUCUUUUAAUGUUAAUGGGAAGUAAGCAUUCAGUACUUGCUGUAAACUGGUACAGAAUGGAAACUGGGCUCAGAUUGUGGGUCGUGAUACAGCUGUUCCUCAUUCCACCCUUGCUGGACUGGGAUACCAGCUCUUCCAUUGCCACCCACAGGAGAAUGCACCUUGGAAUGGAGACAGGGCUUCCUUGUGGCUUAGAGAUUGAUGUCCCGCUUGCCUCUCCCCUCCCAUUCAGUAUGGUCGUGCCAGGACUGAAUUAGCUGUUAGUCACAGCCAACUCAUCCCCCUGGUCUGACUUCCAUCGUGGUUUCUAGGACAUAGGUAUGCCUCUUGCCUUCACAACUGCAAACAGGAACCUGAAAAUGAAUUGACUGUUGGUAUAGUAAUUGCAGCUUAAGU